UUUGUGAGUCUAUAUUGUUUGCUAUUUACCUUGACUCCUGGAUAUCUUCAAAACACACAAGAAUUAAGUAAAGUUUGAAGUUUAAGCUUACGUUUUCUUUACAUAACCAAGAUGUGGUCACCAGAACUGUUCCACAGGAUGACGUUAUUGUCUACAAUCACUGUGUAUUAUUUUGCUGUGUUGUCAUUAUCGACUGCGGAGUUGCCUACAUAUCGACUUCCUACAAACAUUGUUCCUCACCAUUACAAUCUCAGCAUCUCUACAGACCUUGAUGAAUUUGUCUUCAGUGGCCAAGUUGAUAUUGAGGUGGAAUGUAAAACAGCAACCGAUGUAAUCAAGAUUCACUCCAAAUCACUUGAAAUACCUGACAACAAUGUUUUGGUAAAGAGAGCUUCUGAUGGCAAAAUUGAAACUUUGAUGGGAAUCAGCCACGACAUUGACAAUAACUUUUUGGUCAUAAAGGUCAAAGAACAGUUGAUGGCCAAUUCUAUUUAUAUACUGCACAUUGAUUUCCGAGGCAACCUCACCGACAGUAUGUCUGGUUACUACAAAUCUAGUUAUGAGGACAAGAACUCAAAUAGUACUAAGUGGCUGGCAGUUACACAGUUUGAAUCCAUCGAUGCUCGGAAGGCUUUUCCCUGUUUUGAUGAACCUGCCAUGAAAGCCAGAUUCCAAAUCAAACUGGGUCACAAAUCUAAUCUAAAAUCAGUCAGCAAUAUGCCACUACUUACAUCUACUGUAGAUGAAGAGAGGCCAGACUGGGUGUGGAACCACUUUCAGGAAACUUUACUCAUGUCCACUUACCUUGUAGCCUUCAUGGUUUGUGACUUUGACUACAGAGAUUCAAAGCCUGAAACUAACAAUGUUCUCUUCCGUGUCUGGGCACGCAAAGAUGCAAUUGAUCAGGUAGAGUUUGCUCGAAUAUAUGGACCCAAACUUUUGCAUUUUUAUGAAGAUUUCUUCAGCAUCGAUUUUCCGUUGCCCAAACAAGACAUGGCAGCCAUUCCAGAUUUCCAAGCAGAGGCUAUGGAAAAUUGGGGAUUGAUCACUUAUGAAGAGCGCUUGCUUCUUGUGGACGAAACGUCUACUUCACUGGAGGCAAGAUACAUGGUAGCUCACACAGUAGCUCAUGAACUGGCUCACCAGUGGUUUGGAAACUUAGUCACCAUGAAAUGGUGGACUGACUUAUGGCUAAAUGAGGGACUGACCACUUAUAUCACUAGCCUGGCAGUAGAAAAUCAAUUUCCCAAAUGGAACUCUUACAAUUUUGAUGUUGCUACAAACUUGUUCGAUGUUUUCUCCAUGGAUGCUCUAACAUCUUCACAUCCAGUUUCUGUCCCAAUUGGACAUCCUGAUGAAGUAGAUCAAAUAUUUGAUGCCAUCUCUUACAGUAAAGGUUCUCUUUUGGUGCACAUGAUGAGCUACUUUCUUGGAAAAGAUGUUUUCCGUUCUGGGAUCAACAAAUAUCUUAAACGUUUUGAGUACCACAAUGCAGAGCAAGACGAUUUGUGGGAAAGUCUGACUACGGAAGCCAACAUAAGCUCAGUACUGCCUACAAACCUCAGUGUAAAGGACAUAAUGGAUACUUGGACAUUACAGACUGGAUAUCCAGUAGUGUUGAUCAAAAGAGAAGGUGGAAGAAUUACAGUUUCUCAGAAACGUUUCCUAGCCGUGCAGCCAAAGGAAGAACCAAAGGGGUGUUGGUGGAUACCUCUGACAUAUUCCACUGCCAACAAUAUCAACUUCAACGAGACUAAAAGCUCUCACUGGCUCGGUUGUAACUCAGAACUUAUCAUCGAUACAGGAGUUGGGUCUGAUGACUGGAUUAUACUCAAUAACAAAGCUGCUGGAUUAUACAGGGUGAACUAUGAUCACCAUAGUUGGUCAUUGAUAGCAGAUACUCUCCAUGGUCCAAACUUUACUAUGAUACAUGAAUUGAACCGACUGCAGUUAGUAUUGGAUGCUAUGUCACUGGCCAAGGUGGGCCAACUGGACUACACAACAGCAUUCAAGGUGCUCAAGUACAUUCAGAAAGAGACAUCCUACAAUCCUUGGCGAGCUGCCGCGGCUUCUCUUCAAGAUUUGGUACCUUUUUUCUGGGAUGGUGACAAAUUUGACAUAUUUAAAAGUUUUGUAAGGAAUCUUCUAUCCAACAUUUACCAGAGAUUCAGCGAUUUGGAAUUUGUACCAAAUGGAAUAGAAGAAAAACAACUUAAAGCACUAGUUACCAAAUUGGCUUGUAACUAUCAAGUAGGUCAUUGUUCUCAAGAUGCAAAUCUCAUGUUUAAAGCAUGGAUGUCCAACAAUACCCAGAUACCUAAGGACAUGAGAGGAGUUGUAUUAUGUGAAGGAAUUAGACAAGGAAAAAUGAAAGAAUGGAACUAUGUUUGGGAUCAAUACCUAGCCUCAAAUGUUGCAAGUGAAAAAAACACUUACCUGCAAGCACUGGCAUGUUCAAACAGAAGCACUCGGUUUAUGAGGUUUAUGGAGAGGACACUCAAUUCAUCUUUAGUUCAUAAACAGGAUGCAGUCAACAUUUUCUACUACGUUGCCCAGACUUCCAAAGUUGGCUUUAGAUAUUGCCAAACUUUUUUUAACUAUGAAAUUCAAAGACUGCAUGACCACUUUGCACCAGACACUGAGGUAUUGGGGCAGUACUUCAUUAUUUUGGCUCGCCAGUCAGUGUAUGCUUAUGAAUUACAGGAGUUGAAGAAUUUAUUAAAUAACAAAAAGGAACUCUUUGAAAAAUCUCAACUUGCAAUCAGCCAAGGGCUUGAAAGUGCAGAAAGCAACCUCCAAUGGAUGAAAUUGUUCUAUGGCAAUAUUUCAGAUGCUAUGGUACUUUAGUAUUAGCGUAAAAAAUAUAGUGUUUUAAAUUUCAAUAAAAAUAUUAAUAACACAAACUA